AUAUAAUGACGAAACCAAAGCUAGAUGCCUGUGAGCAGCGGUGGGUCUCUAAACUGGCCCCCUUCGACUUUGACUUGAAGUACAUCCCCGGGCCCCAGAAUGUCCCAGCAGACCUGCUUAGUCGACAGCCAUUCGUUGGAGCUAGGAAGGCAAGUGAGUUCCCAGAGUAUGUGACUUCAGAGUCCAUCCAGGACGCAUUCAAACUGUCAGUCAAUAUCCAAGGUGGUGAGAUCCUGGCUCAAGUCUCUUCUGAAGGGGUGAAAGCAGUUUUGGAGUCCUGUCUGGAGUGGGAUGCGAGUGUGCCAGUGCGCACAUUCCAAUUAGCCCAGUAUUCUGCGAGCAUCCCUCAGCAUGAAGGGGGAGUGGCUACUCUUCCAGUCCUUUCUCCUGAUGUGAUACGGAGAAAACAGAAGGCGGAUCAGGUGCUGGCCCGAGUGGCGUACUUUGUUGGGAGGAGGAGGAGACCUUCGCGGAGAGAGAGGGCUCAUGAGACUGCCCAAGUGUUGAGAAUGCUGAAGCAUUGGGAUAAACUCGAAAUCAAGGAUGAGAUCCUCUACCGAAGAUCUAAGGACAGAGUUGUCAAGAAGAGGUACCAGCUGGUGGUGCCAGACUCCCUUAAAAGCAUCGUUCUGAGGGGAACCCAUGAUGAAGCCGGCCACCAAGGCCAGACUAGAACACUCCAUUUGGUACGUCAAAGGUUCUUCUGGACUGGAAUGGAAGGGGAAGUGAAGAAGUAUGUCUCCUACUGUAAGCGCUGUGUGGUUGGCAAGACAAUGGAGCCAGAGGCUAGGGCACCGUUGGAAUCUAUUCAGACCAGCACAGCGUUGGAACUGGUGUGCAUAGACUUCUGGUCAGCAGAAGGAAGGGAUGGAGAGAGCGUUGAUGUACUCGUCAUCACAGAUCAUUUUACGAAGCUGGCACAUGCGUUCCCGAACCAGACAGCAAAGGUGGUUGCCCAGAAGUUAUGGAACCAGUUCUUCUGUGUCUAUGGGUUUCCCCAGCGGAUACACUCUGACAAAGGAGCAAACUUUGAGAGUCACUUAAUCGCAGAAUUGCUACAAGUCUCAGGAGUCAAAAAGUCCCAUACCACUCCAUAUCAUCCUAUGGGCAACGGUCAGACGGAAAGAUUCAACCGCACGCUCGGAAACAUGGUCCGAUCAUUGCCAGCGAGAGCAAAAGAAAGAUGGCCCCAGAUGAUACAGACGCUCACCUUCUCGUACAACUGUACCACACACGAAACGACAGGAUUCGCACCGUUCUUCCUAAUGUUCGGCCGAAUUCCACGGCUGCCAGUGGACAUCAUGUUUGGAAGUACCCUGAAAAACGAAGACGUGUUGACUCAUGACGAGUAUGUUGACUCGUUCCAAAAGGACCUGCGAGAGGCUGUCAGGAUCGCUCAGGCCAACACCACUGAAGCUCAGAAAAAGCAAGCCAGGCAGUAUAACAAGAGAGUGAAGGGUACUGCCCUGGAGAUUGGGGACCGAGUUCUCUUGGCAAACCGAAAGGAAAGAGGAAAAGGUAAACUUGCCGACUUGUGGGAUUCAACGGUCUAUGUGAUCACAUGGAAAGACCCGUCUGUGCACAUCUACAGAGUCGAAGAUCCUACUACCAAGAAGAGUAAAGUAGUUCAUCGAAACUUCAUACUGCCAGUGAACUUCCUGCCGGUGGGACAGACAGACGAGAUGUCCACAGUAGCCUCUACUGCUUCAGAGGAGGACAUAAACGCAGACAGCGGUGACGAAAGACCGGUAUUCGAUGUGGAUGAGGAUUCAGAGGAUCGAAGGACUGCUGUCUGGAUUCUCGAGGGCCAGAACCCUGAGGGGCCCACGGAAGCUGAAGGUCAAAAAUCUUCGGGACCGGAAGAUGGCGUGAACAUGAGAGAAGCUGCUCCUCAAUGCCCAGCGAAGGACAUGAUCUCAGGACAAGCAGCUAAAUCAAGCACAGGAAGCUCCUCAAUGAUGCCUGGUGAUGAUUCAAGUGAUCCUUCUGAAGAUGACACAAGUAGAGAAGCAACGUCAGUGAGCAGUCUAGAUGGCAUCAGCAGUAGAAGUUCAUCAGUCAGCGGCUCUGUAUGCAUAAGAUCUACUAAGAAGAGAAUGAGUAACCAGAGAGAGGUAGAGCGCAGAAACAGCCAGACAUCUGAGCUCACUGAUACAGUCCUGAGACCAAGUGAAGGCACUUUGAGAACUCGAACUGGAAGAGUUGUGAAGCCUGUCAGAAGACUUUUAGAGUCAAUGAGUCAAGUGAUUGCUGAGCCGGACAAAAGAGAGCAUCUAGCCGCCCUGAUUCAAGCCUUAUCAACUUUUGUUGAAGUGACAGUACCCCAGUGACACGGAAGCCAGAAGAUAGAUUAAGGAAAUGAGAAAUACUUUAUUAGGGGGUCAUAGGUUGUAUGUAUAUGGGCAUAUUUCUACCUGGCAAAGUCUCUUUGCUGUCCUUCUGGACGACUCUUGGUCAAGGUUACCCCUGUGGAGGAAGAAGUCUUACCUUAUGUCUUAAAGUUUGCUGAAAUCAAGAAGGGAACAACUUGUCAGGUGGUGCAUUGGAGACUGAUGU